CGCUGGAGCAGGGGCGCGGCCGGGCACAGGCAUGACCCUGCGGUCGGGGGGCGCGCGGCGGCUCGGCGGCCUCCUGCUCUUGGCUCUGUUCGCGGCCAGCACCACCCCGCUCGGCUGGGAUCUCCCGGAGCCCCGCAGCCGGGUCAGCAAGAUCCGAGGGCACCCGCGGGGCAACCUCUGGGCCACCGGUCACUUCAUGGGCAAGAAGAGUCUGGAGCCCCCCAGCCCAUCCCCAUUGGGGACAGCUCCCCACAUCUCACUGAGGGACCAGAGGCUGCAGCUGAGUCAUGAUCUGCUCAGGAUCCUCCUGCUAAAGAAAGCUCUAGGCCUGAGCCUUGGCAGCCCAGGACCUCGCACCCAGUACAGGAGGCUGCCAGUGCAAAUGCUGCAGAAGUGAUGCCAUUAAUGAGGAAGACACGACGACAUGGCUUAGAUUGUGUCCACCCGGGGAAGGUGUUGAAUGGGACCCUGGCAGUGGCCCCAUCUGGAUGUAAAUCCUGGGCUCAAAUCUCUGUUACUCCAUUACUGUGAUUUCUGGUUGGGUCACCAGGAAUAUUGCCAGUGCAGACACAAAUUAUGUUCCCGCUGUAUUUCUUGCUUCCCUGUUGAAGUUGUGAAUAAAACCCUGCUCUUUACAUA